CCUCUCUCAUUAGGAAUCAGGGCAGAACCUUCAGUGGACCAGUAUGGGUUGAAGGGGGGUUCAAUAUGUCUGGCUGUUGCAGAACCUCCUGAGAUGAUCAAAGGACUUAAAUGGAUGAAGGACAGUGAUGUAAUAGUUGAUGACAAAGAGAUCUCUCCUAAAUACAAGCAGAAGGUGGAUUAUAACUCUGUGAACCAUUCUCUGUGUAUUAAGAAUCUGUUGAACACAGACAGUGGAAUUUACAUGGUAAACUACAGGAAAAGUUGGAAAGAAUCAACGACUACAUAUAGACUGUUAGUGGAGGAUCAUGUUCCCAAACCAGUCAUGGAUGUCACAUCUCUCUUCAACACAAGUGUGGGACUCUGUGACGUCACAGUGAACUGUUCAGGUAAAGAUGGCUGGAUGUUGUCUGUCUGUGGAUGGGGUCAGUGUACACUGUCACAACAGUCUCCGUCACUAACCGGUGGUAACAUGACCAUCUCCGUAUUGACUGGAAGGAUCCAAUGUACCAGCAGCAACCACAUCAGCACACAGACCAUCUCUCAACCCAUGGAGGACUGUAGGGGUGAUGUGGUAGCCUCAGUGUUACCAGUUGGCACCAUUGUGGGUAGUGUUACUGGUACUGGUAUAUUACUCCUAGUUACUGUGUUACUUGGUGUUGGAUACAUCAAACUUACCAGAAGACAGAAAAUCCCUAAAGAACAACAUUCACUAGAAGAGGUCAUUGUUCCAAGAGCUUAAAACUCAGUGAACACUUAACCAGGGAGAGAAGAACCACAGCACUCUCCUGUCCAGAACCACAGCACUCUCCUGUCCAGAACCACAGCACUCUCCUGUCCAGAACCACAGCACUCUCCUGUCCAGAACCACAUCACUCUACUGUCCAGAACCACAGCACUCUCCUGUCCAGAACCACAGCACUCUACUGACCAGAACCACAGCACUCUC